CCUUUCGGGACCCAGGAAGGCAGCCAUCAGGCACCGGUCACCAGUGACAAGCACUGCAUACGCGGGGCUGCAAGAUGAUGAUGCUGCGCUUCCUGGCAGCAGAAGGACGCUCCUCACGGCCCUCCGUUCUGCUGCCCUCGUGCUGCCUGCCCUUUGCGAAGGGCAAGGCCGUGGUGGAUACCUCCGAGGAGUGUCAAGAGGACGAUGUCAGCACAGAUGCCAGCACGCCCAACGAGGUUUCAGAGGCCGACAGUGUCUACUGCGCUGCGCCCGCCAAUGCCCUGACUGCAGCGAGCCAAGCGGCCCCAAAGGAGGAUUGGUGGUCGCCGGCGGAGGCAGCUGACUCUGGGUUGGCCCUGGCGGGCUGCCUGGUGAGCGCCCGCCUGGUGCCGCACAGCGCCCAAGCCUCCGCCUUGCUGUACGCAGACAUGGGAGCGUGCCAGGGGAGCUUUGUGGCGGUGUGGCUGGGCCUGGGGCGCUGCUGGUUGGUCUACCUUUGCUCCUCGGGUGAGGAGUUGGACCAAGGUGCCCUUGAUGCCUUGAAGCUGAUCCUUCGGCCGGUGAAGGCGGAGACCGAUUUCUGGGAGAGUCCGGGAAUGAGGCAUGGAAUGGCCCCGAACCAUCCAACUGGCGGUGUCCUUCGAGAAUCUCUAAAACCGGUUCACCCGGAAGGUCAUCCCCUACUGAGCACCAGCAAGAAGGCACAGACAGAUGACGACGUCAUGACGGUGGACGGGGCCCAAAUCCGCGGGGUUCGAAUUGAUCUUCACUCCAACUGGCUGGUCAAGAUGGGGCUCCACCUUGGCCUGCAGCAGGGCAACUGCAUCGAUUUGCUGGUGGUGGAUUGGCCGAAGCGUGCGAUCAUCGCACCCGUGAGGCUGACAGUCACGCAAAUGUACAAGGACCAGGUGGCCGGCAUGCCGAUCAGCAUUCCAGGCCCAUAGCGACCUCCAUGCGUUCGAAGAGUUCGCGUGUCCGGCUCCUUCUGGCGAGACCUGCGGUGACGAGCUGGGCAAUCUGUCCAAAGUUCAGUGAGCCCUCUGCCGGAAGUUCCCUCCCCGGAUUGUGAAAACA